GAACGGGGAGGUUCAGAUCGGUGGUGGUGCGGUUCUAAGAUGGCUUGAUGGUUUGUUGGUAGUGGCUUGCCAGGUUUAGGUACUGUUGGAGUGGCUUCAUGAAGGGGAAAGUUGUGGUUGGGUGAAGGGCUUGGUUGUUGCCUAGUGGUUCAGUGGCAGGGGAAGUUGGUAGUCAUGGGGGUUUUGAUUUCUUUGAUGGUGAGGAGAAGGAGUUUGAGGUAACGAACUGGGUAUUUUCAUGGUGAUUUGAAGAGAGAUGAUUAUUUGCUAUGGUGUGUAGGAGGAAAGGGAAUGAAGUAUUGAAGAAAGGGGGGGGGGUUGUGGUAUGAUGCCAUGGGUAGUGAAUUGGUAGUUUUGGAGGUCAGGGGAUGGAAGAAGUGAUGGUAUAUGGUGGGAGGAGGAGUUGGUUUAUGGUGUUGCUGCUCUUAGGAGAUGAAACGAAGUUGAAUGGAGGUUUUGUGUGUGUUCUUGAUGGAGAUGAAGGGCUAGGGCAAUGUAGAAGAGUCCUCCUUUGGAAGAAGCAGUAAUGGAGUUUAAGUGGUGUGAUCAAAAGUGAAGUCAUGUGUUCUGGUUGCGUGUUAUCUUGCUUGAGAGGCAGAGGACAAAAUUUAUUUCCUUAUUUUUAGAAUCCUUUCAUAUAGUGAUGUUUUGCCCCAUCAGCGAGCUCUCAUCAACGGAAACAACCUUCCAUUCUGGAUAAUUCCGCCGUACAAUAGAGCUUACUGUAUUCUGCAGACACUAUUGAAGAUUGUAAUUCUAUACCCAGCUUUGGUGUGGCCCUUUCAAUUCGCUUUUAUGGAUGAAAACUCCCCCAUGUCCAUCAUCGACAUCAUGAUCGAAGUCUGGAUCAUCAUUGAUUUCAUUAUAAAUAUCAUUUUGGUUGCAUAUUUUGAUGCAAGAACUAACCUUAUGGUUACUGAUCACAUGAGCAUCGCUAGAAGGUAUGUAUGCAACAAUUGGUUUGGAUUAAUUUGCGAUGCUUUAGCGUUCAUGUACCGCUUCCACUUCUGGGGUCAUCGAAGCAUCUGGGGCUUCAUCUUUAAGAUGAUUCGAUUGUGGCGUCUUUUCCUGCUCCAUUCAUAUUUCACAAGACUGGAAAAGGAUGUGAAGAACAAUUACUUUUUGAUUAGGAUCUUCAAAAUUAUUUGUAUUACCUUAUUAGCUCUUCAUUGUGGAGGCUGCAUUAGCUAUGCUAUUGCUGAUAGGCAUCCAGAUCCAAAAGAGACUUGGAUUGGAUCAAAACAUGCUGACUUCAAGAAAUCAACACUCUUGGUGAAGUAUGUCACCUCACUGUAUUGGUCUACAGUGACAUUCAAUACAACGGGUUUUGGGGAUUUUUCAGCAAAAACCUUCUCAGAGAUGGUUUUUAUCAUCGUGUAUCUCCUCUUCGCAAGUGGACUUUCUCUUUACAUUGGAGCUUGCAUCAUUGAACUAAUAGUCCGCAACACAAUUGCGACAAUGAACUUCAGAGACAAAGUUACUGAAGUCUCAGAUUUUGCAUUGAGAAAUCACCUGCCUCAAGAUCUUCAAGAUCUCAUGUGGUCACAUCUCAGUGUGGAGUUUGAGUCUCAAAAUAAGAAGCAUCAACUUGUGAUGAGUAGCCUGCCUAGAGGAAUUCGGACGAAAAUUGCAGUGCAUUUGUAUUUAGAAGUUGUGAAGAAAUCCAUCCUCUUCCAGAAUGUCCCACAAGUCGAAGACUUUCUUUCGUCACUGGUGCCAGAAAUGGAACCAGAGUACUUUGACCGUGACGAAGAGGUUAUAUCAGUUAAGGAGUGUAAUUCACACAUCUAUAUACUUGUUUCUGGGGAUGUGAAACUCACGUGGGAUGUGGCUAUUACUCAGGAUCCCUUUGAUAAUGAUGGAGCUGAUGUUGUUGAGAUUCUAAUUCCUCGGCAGCUGCCGUCCACUGGUCAAGGAUUUACGUUUGGAGAAGUUGGAGCUAUGUUUAAGAGGGGGCUAAUCAUUGCUCGAACCUUGGAGAUUUCUCACUUUAUAAAACUGAGCAGGAAAGCACUCGUGAAUGCCAUAGAAGCGAAUCCAAGGGCCGGACCACCGAUCAUGCAAAAUCUCGUAGAUAUGACAGACAGAUAUCGAUGGUUGCCUGAUCCAUUUCCAGAUCCGACAAGAACUCCUCAUCAUAUACUGCAUGGAUUAUGCACUGGAGGGUGUGAUUGCCCUGCAUGUACCAAGAUUCGUGAAGCAUUUCCUGUUGUGGAUGCACCGAAUCAAUAGGGAAACAUGUCAUAGCUUAGUUUCAUAGCACUAUCCCCAUUGUCCACCAUGUCUUCCUCGUUCACGACAUGUAUUAGCUCAAGGAGUUCAAAUGCUGGGUCUGGCACUCUGCAACCCUUUGGAGCAUUCUGAGCUUCUAGACCCGUAAGAAAGUAUGAAGGUACCUGAUGAGAGAAACGAAGCAUCUCUCCCCUUGAAAUAAUUCUAAUUUCUCGUGGAUCUAAGUGGUGUUGAAAGACUGUCUUCAACAAUGUUAUUUUGAGCACAGAUUUUUCUCCUUCCUCAAUAGAUUUCUGUAUGCAAUUUCCACUCUCUUUCACCACAAACUUAUCAACAUUAUUUGACUGAAUUUUCCUGAGUUUCUUACUAAUUUCUUUUAUAGCUUUCUUUUCA